AUAAUUCAACUAAACAGACCCUGAAUUUUAAUUAACUAUGUAGUUUUGACUUGAAAUCCGCGUUACGCACGCACUUCUGCAGAUAAACUGUCACCAUAUUGGCUUUCGAUAGAUUUCACUAGAGCGGCGGCACACGCGCCUCUCCGUUCCUGUCAGUGGAAUACAGAGGAGAGAGAGAGGUGGGGGAAGUGGGCAGACCUGUCGUUUCUCCCCGUGUCCAGAUUCAUCCUGUAGUCUGUCUCGCGCCUGUUGACCAUGGGGACAGAGACACGAGCUCUUGGAGGAGUCGCUCAGUGACAGCUGCUGCUCUCUGCACUCACAGGCGUGACGGACAGGUAGAAUCCGUGAACGGUAGCACAGACAUGCAGUGAGGUGAAGUGUCGCGUUUAUUGUGGACUUAGUGGCUGAGGAUGGGGCUGCUGUAGCCGCUGGAGCGGAGACCGGACCCGAAGGUUUGUGUCUGGCUUUUGUCUGCGCUCCGUCCUUCCGGUGGACCCAUCUGACAGGACCGGAGAAAAGGACGGAGACAGCACUAUUGUUUCGACGGAGACAUGGCAGCGGCCAUCGCCAGCGGUUUGAUCCGGCAGAAACGACAGGCGAGGGAGCAACACGCCCACCGACCGACUGCUCACCGGCGGCGGAAGAGCCCCGGUAAAAAGCAGGGGCUGUGCAACGGCAACCUGGUCGACAUCUUCUCUAAAGUCCGGAUAUUUGGACUAAAGAAGAGGAGACUUCGGAGGCAAGAACCACAGCUGAAGGGCAUAGUGACCAGGUUGUUCUGCAGACAGGGCUUCUAUCUCCAGAUGGGCCAGGACGGAAGUCUGGACGGGACCAAAGAUGACAGCACCAACUCCUCUCUGUUUAAUUUAAUUCCUGUGGGUCUGAGAGUUGUCGCCAUCCAGUCCGUCAAGACUGGCCUCUACAUUGCCAUGAACGGAGAGGGUCACCUCUACUCCUCGGUAUCCACAAGCUUUCUCUCUUUGAACGUGGUCGCAUUGUUGAGCUGUAUCAGCAAGGCCUCUCGCAGUGUGCCAUUGCUGCUGAGGUUGGACGCAGUCACUGUGGACGUUGCACCGAUCUGUCUGCCGACUUCCUGCUCCAUUCAUCAGGGCAGGAUCUCACUCCCAACCCAGAGAGGGCACUUCACCUUCACUUGUAUGGCUUAGGACCAUGGCUUCGGAUUUGGAGGUGCUGAUUCUCAUCCUGGCUGUGAACCACUCCAGUGAGUGUUGAAGAUCACGGCCCGAUGAAGCAAACAGGACCACAUCAUCUGCAAAAAGCAGAGACCCAAUCCUGAGUCCAACAAACCGGACUCCCUCAACACCCUGGCUGCGUCUAGAAAUUCUGUGACAAAGUGCAGCCCUGGCAGAGUCCAACACUAGAAAUGGAUCCGACACUGUGGAUCAAUGUGGAUCAAGCUCUGACACCGGUUGUACAGGGAUCGAAUGGUCCUUAUCGAGGGGUCCAAUACCCCAUAUUCCUGGAGCACUCCCCACAGGACUUUCGAGACAUGGGCCAUGUCUUAUCGAGACAUGGCCCAUUCGGACUCAAUGUCUGCCCCAGUUUUGCAUUGGACAGACUAGGUGCCUACUAUAGAACAGUGCAUUUUUGCAGUAUUCGCUAAUCAAGUUGAAAUAUGGCAAUGACCCAAAAACCCUUCAGCCUUGAGAUUCUAAGACUAAUGUUUGUGUGUGGCCAGCCUGACUCUGUUGGUUCAUGGUGGAGGAAAAGCAUAUCUACUUGAAAUUUAUUUUUUCAAACAAAAAGUUUUAAAUAAAGCCAGAGAGAAAGUUGGUCUACCUGGUAGAGGCAAAUGCAAACAAGAACAGCAGAAUCUUCUAUCUGACAGGUUAAAAGUCCAAUUCUCAUUGAGUGGGACUGCAGCAUAAGAAAAUGGAGUGGAGGAAGGACUAAAGAAGGGAAGAAAAUAAGUAAGGAAGGGGGAAUACAUUGUGUGAAGGAAAUGGAAAAAAGAUAGGGUGUACGAAAGAAGAUGGUUGGAGAGAGUGAUAAGAUGAAGACAAAGGAGUAAACAGGGAGAGGAAGAAAGGAGAUGUGUGCUGCUGUCGCAGUCUGUCGCUGACAGACUGUAGGGGGCUGACUGUAAAUAAAUGAACUGGAGGAGUUCCCCCUACACACACACACUCACAC